UCAGCUCUCCCCCCGUCGCGGCCGCUCUGCCCGGAUAUCUUUCCCCGGCAGCCCGAGGACCGUGUACCGGCUGCACCGGUCUCAGCUGUUACCAUGGAGAUCGGGACGGAGAUCAGCAGAAAGAUUCGGACGGCCAUCAAGGGCAAACUCCAGGAGCUGGGCGCGUAUGUCGAUGAGGAACUGCCGGAUUACAUCAUGGUCAUGGUGGCCAAUAAGAAGAGUCAAGAACAGAUGACCGAUGACCUUUCCCUCUUCCUCGGGAGCAACACUUCCAGGUUUACCACAUGGCUGCAGGGGGUCCUCGAUAAGCUGCGCUCAGCCGCACCAGAGUCCAACAGCCUGAAGGCAUCUGAGGCUAUCAUCUUUGAGAGCUCCUUGCCACCGCUGCCAUCCCUGCCCUCGAGUAGAGAGGAUGGGAGGCGAGAUGCGAAGACGGCGGCGGCCUCCAGCACCAGGCACGAGAGGAUUUCUUCUGACAUUGGAGCAGCUGCCCGCCUCAUGUCUACAGUAAAACCCCUCAGGGAACUGUCCCCUUCAGAGGCUGUCAUCGAUAUUAAACUUGAUGUGGACGACCCUUUUAAUGAUGACGUGGCCUGCGUGUCCGAGAACGCCUUUCAGUCCAGGAAGAGACCGGCGGUCGCUUCCACCUACAGAAACGCUCGUCCCACGGCCCAGCUGUACAGGCCCCCCGGCAGCGGGCAGCAAGUGUACCGCGACACGGAGAGCGGCAGCGCUUUACAGCGACUCCCCCCCGGCAGACCCUCUGUCGGGAGACCGGCCGGCACGAACACCAAAGCCCUGUACAGCUCCCGAGAUCCGCCUAGAGUGUCCGAGACCUACAGAUCUACGUUACACACCUCAUCUGCUAGAGUGUCUAUGGAAGAUGAUGGCGCACGGAAGCGGAAGCUCCCCGUAGUAAGUUCUGUUGUAAAAGUGAAGAGGGUUCCUUUUGGUGGUGAAGAAGAACAAGAGGAGGAGGAGGAGGAGGAAGAAGAAGAGGAAGAGGAGGAAUAUAUCACUCACACGACUGGUGUUUCCAGCAGCGUCUCGGUGCCCGCGAGGCCAGAAAGAAGGCCGUCCCUCCCUCCGUCCAAACAGGCAAACAAGAACCUGAUUCUGAAGGCCAUCUCCGAAGCGCAGGACUCUGUGACCAAAACAACCAGUUACACCACAGCCAUAGCAGCUCCCCAAAAGCAAACAGUGCCCGUGGCCCCGAGGGCUCGUUCGGAAGAGGAGCUGAUUCUAAUGAGGAGCCAGGCGGCCAUGCUGUAUUACCAGACAGAUCCGCAGGGAGCACCGGAGCAGAGAGAGCAGCCCGCGGCAGGCGUGGAGAUGCUUCCCACCGGAGCGGAGAUAGCAGAAACCAUGUACAGAAGGGACUUGUUCUCCAGGCUUCAGCCGGACCCCGAGGAGCCUCCGCUCAAAAGACAAGACCCCCGAGAGGCUGAAACUCUCAGACCCGUGGACAGCAGAUCCUUCAUUCUGAAGAGAACGAAACUCUCUGCUCCGCCGCCCCAGAACAUCGCGGCUCAACCAGCAGGCGAGAUCCAACCCCAGCCAGGCCGUCUUAUUCAGCCGAGGGAAGGAUCCACCUAUGAGAAACCAGCAAGCCCCAAGUUCAUUGUGACAUUAGAUGGAGUCCCCAGCCCCCCUGGGUACCUGUCAGACCAGGAACCAGAGGAGGAACCCAUGUGUUUCACGGAGGAGGGGGAAACGUAUCCAGAGCCGUACAGCAAGCUGAGCAGAGCGGAGCAGAGUUAUCCGACGCAGCUCCUGCCAGAGCCGCUCCACGACACAGACGUGUUAACGGAGACCAAGGAGAAGAUUAACGAACGCUGCAAAUAUUGGCCGGCGUGCAAGAAUGCGGACAGCUGUACUUACCACCACCCCACGGCGCCAUGCAAGGCUUUCCCCAAAUGCCGAUUCGCUGAUAAGUGCUUCUUCAUCCACCCGAACUGUAAAUACGACGCGAAGUGCACCAAAGCCGAUUGCCCUUUCACGCACGCCAGCAGGCGUUUACCUGCAGCUCCGCUAAAGCCAGUACAAGGUACGCAUCCCGCCGCUCAGCAGUGCCGUUACUUCCCAGCAUGCAAGAAAACAGACUGCCCGUUCUACCACCCCAAGCACUGCAGGUUCAGCACGCACUGCACGCGGUCGGACUGUAAGUUUUACCACCCGUCAUCCUCGGUUCCACCCCGCCAUGCCCUGACGUGGAUUCGGUCACAAGCCAGUGACUGACUGCGUAGCGGGAGACGGUCUGUCUCUGUAACACCAGCAAGGAGGAGGAAGAAAUCCCACAAUUUACAUAUUUUUGGUUUUACCUUUUUUUUUUUUUCUGUGUUUUUAGAUUCUUAUGUAAAACUGUUGGGGGCGUUUCUGUGAUAUUCUGUCAGGUUUUAUAUGCCGCUGGGUGGGAAAAACCUCAACCAUCGACCUCAAUUUUUUUCCCCUGUAUUUUUAUAAACAAACUGGAACGUUGCUUGUUGUAAUCUGACUGCCCUUCAUAAUACAUUUUAUUUUUAAAAUA